GCCUUGAAAUUCCUGACGAGGUGCUUGUCGGUAUUUUCUCACGUUCACGGACUCUCUGAUCUCGCCUGGAGACUGUGACCUUGGUGUAAAUGUGACUGCACUGCAUUUGGCUGUAGCUGGCUCUGGUUUAAUCGAACAUUUCUAAAGAAAAAGGAAUAUGAACAGGUUGGAUAAAUUGACUCCUGCGUUAUUUAAAACACUACCCGUGGAGGUCGGCCAGGAAGCUUCCAAACCCAUCUGGGAGAGGAGAGAAACACGCCUGGAUUCCCACAAUGAUAUCUGCAGUGAGCUCAGUGGCGCCCCCCAGCAGGAACAAGAGGACUUGGGGGAGGCCUUUGACUUUGACAGCGAUUUAGAAGCAGAGGAUUCUGGGCCCAGCACGAGGGUAAAGGCCAGACCGAUCUCUUCGUCCUCCAGCACUGCGUUUGAGUCGCCUCCACCCCAGAGGAAUAGGACAACAGCGCAACUACCUUCCAACGCUGAACCAGAGAUAUUAACUCCGUCGUCCCAGACCCCCCCAGAAGCAGAUAAUGAUGGGUAUUCCCAUGUAAAGAAGGGACAUAUUGUUCGAUCUCGCAGCCUAAGAAAGAGUCUGAUUAGUAAAGGUUCCUCAUCUAAUCGUCUCUCCAGCUCACACAGCACAGAGGACGGGAUUAUCUACGACGACGUACCGUGCGACCAUGAGAACCAAGAUGGGCUGGAAUACCACCUGAUCUAUGAAAAUAUUCAUCUCGAGGGGUGUGAAGACGCCCCAGAAGAUACUGGCUGGAGCUCUAGUGAGUUUGAGAGUUAUAGCGAAGACUCAGAGGCAGAGGAAAGAAAACCAAAGCCAGCAAAACCAUUUGUUGCCUUCCAGCCCAAGCGCUCUCCUGACCUGAACAGGUUUAAGGAGAGGUACAGCAAGACUAAGAGAGAAAUCCUAGCUCUGAGAGCCCGGGGAAGGGAUAGCCACCAACCAAAACAGAGAUAUGAGUGUAAGAUGACGCAAUUGAUGAAAGCUGCGAGAAGCGGUACAAAGGAUGGGCUGGAGAAAACACGCAAUGCGGUGAUGCGCAAAGUAACCUUUUUACAGCGUAAAGAAACUACUGGUGACUCAGAGGAGGAGGAAAUGGGCUUUCUGGAAGUCAGUGGACUCGAUUUGGACUUGCAACCUCCUUCGUCUGAGCUUGGCCCGAUGCCAGAGGGUCUUAGUGCCCAGCAGAUCCUUCGUCGCCACAUUCUGUCUUCUAUAGUACAGAGUGAAAGGAGUUACGUGGAGUCCCUGCGGCGUGUCCUACAGGAUUACCGGGGGCCACUCAUGGAGAUGGAGCCCAAACUCCUUAGUGCUAGGAAGUGUCACGUCGUCUUCUCUCGAGUGAAGGAGAUUCUGCACUGUCACUCCGUGUUCCAGAUCGCCCUGGCCUCACGCGUGGCUGAGUGGGAUUCAUCUGAAAAAGUUGGGGACCUGUUUGUAGCCUCUUUUUCGAAGUCCAUGGUGCUUGACGUUUAUAGUGAAUAUGUUAAUAACUUCACCAACGCCAUGACGCUAAUCAAGAAGGCAUGCCUUACAAAGCCAGCGUUUCUGGAAUUCCUAAAGAAGAAACAAGCUGUCAGCCCGGAUAGGGUCACUCUGUAUGGUUUAAUGGUGAAACCCAUCCAGCGAUUCCCACAGUUUAUAUUGCUGCUACAGGAUAUGUUGAAGAACACGCCGCGUGGGCACCCUGACCGCCUAUCACUGCAGCUGGCGCUGACCGAACUGGAAACGCUGGCAGAGAAACUAAAUGAGCAAAAGCGCAUGGCCGACCAAAUGGCUGAGAUACAGCAACUGUGUAAGAGCAUCAGCGACCGCAACCCUCUUCACAAGAGUUUGAGCUCUGGGCAGCACCAGCUCCUCCUCUGUGAGACGUUUACGGAGAUGGUGUAUGGAGAACGAGGCCAGCUAUUGAAGUCCAAGGAACGCCGGCUUUUUCUUCUGAACGAUGGACUGGUUUGUGCCAACAUCAAUUUCAAAGGGCAGCCGGACAUUGGAAAUUUGGUGCCUCUUGGUCCUCGAUAUGUUUUGAAGUGGAACAUACCAUUAUCCCAGUUGCAAGUGGCUGAGUUUGGACAAGAGGGUCAUGUCUUUGAUAAAGAUGCCCCUAUGGGGUUACAAGCUGAUGGCAAGAAGCAGUCUCCAUCAAGCCAGACUAAAGGCUCGGUGGGAUCUCCUCGACUCUACCAGGAACUGCAGGAUGUUAAGAAAGACCUUGAAGUGGUGAAACAUAUCACACAGUUGAUCAGUACCCUGCAUGGAACAUAUCAGAAUCUCAAUAUGACCGUAGCGCAGGACUGGUGCCUCGGGCUGCAGAAACUGAUCCGUCUUAAAGAGGAAGAAAUCCAGUCUGCAAAUAAGUGUCACCUGCGCCUUCAGCUUCACCUCCCACGGAAAUCUGACAAGUCUGGACGUCCCUUGAGCUUCAUGGCACUUUUCAUCACUCCAAACCCACUGAGCAAAAUUUCCUGGGUGAACCGAAUGCAUUUAGCGAAGAUUGCACUUAGAGAAGAGAACCAGCCUGGAUGGCUAUAUCCAGAAGAAGAGAAAAAAACAAAGUCUCAUUUCUGGUCCCCUACGUUGGUGUGUCGGCUGCCCGCUUUCUCCACCAAAGCAUCAGAUUUGCAGCUCGGUGGAGCGGUGCACACCCCGGUACAGACGGCACUCCUGGGCUUCUCCUCUGUCAGCACCUGGUUACCGCAGGGGUAUUUAUGGUUGGGGGGUGGCCAGGUGGAUGGCGCAGGUCAGGUACAAAUCUUCUCUUUGAACCACACCUCGCCGCGCAUGAUGAAGGCAUUCCCACUGCCAUCACGGGUGUUGUGCGUGGAAAACCUGUGUGCUCCCUCUGCCAUGGAAAGUGUGGAGGUAGAGGAGAAUUAUUCGGCCACUACGAGCCCCGCUGUUUGUGUCGGGCUUCAAGAUGGGAGUAUUAUGGUGUACGGUAAUAUAGACACAGGUACGCCUUGUCUCAUGGCCGUGAAAAGCCCCGGGCUUCAUCCCGUAUUGUGCCUGAGGAACAGCCCAAAUUUCCUGUGUGCAGGUCUUCAGGAUGGAACUGUGGCUCUGUACCCCAAAAAACAAGGAGGACUCUGGGACCCGGGGAAUCCCAGCUUAGUGAAGGUGGGAAGAGGCCCAGUUCAAGCCUUGCUGGUGCUUGAUGACUGUAUAUGGGUGAGCUGCCAGAAUCGGGUAACAGUGUUGGACCCCUGCACCCUAAAGACACAGAGCUUUGAAGCAUUACAGGACGAGGCGUCGAGCGUCACCCACAUGGUGAGGGCAGGAGGAGGCGUUUGGAUGGCAUUUUCAACUGGAUCCUCUAUUCGUCUCUUUCACACAGAGACAUUAGAGCUUCUACAGGAGAUCAACAUAUCCACCCGCACCCUGCUCCUUCCAGGUCAGAAGAAUGCCAAAGUUACCGCGUUGCUGGUGUACCAGGGCCUGCUGUGGGUUGGCACAGACCUGGGUAUCCUGAUAACUCUGCCUGUGCCAAAACUAGAAGGGAUUCCUAAAAUCACUGGGAAAGGUAUGGUGUCCCUAAAUGGUCACAGUGGUCCUGUGCAGUUUCUCACUGUCGCUUGCAGUUCGAUGGCUCCAGAGUGUCUCCGGGCAGAGCAGGGAUCAAGUGAAGAUGUGCGGGACAGUGAUGGCCCAGUGGACUGCAAAGAAACAACAACUGAUGGGGCAUGUCAAGAGGUCUCAUCUGACAACCACCAACCAUCCCGCCUUAAAGGGAUUCUUCUACAAUACCGACUGCGUGGCACCUCCCACUUACCUGGCCACCACCUGUCUGCCAAGGAGGGAUCCAGAACGGAGUGUGCCACACCUGAAACCAGUGAGGAGGAUGGAUCUAUCUAUGAGAUGGCAGACGAUCCCGAUGUGUGGUUUAGAAGUAGACCUUGCACUAGAGACGUUCACCGCAAGGAGAUCACCUCAGUGGUUAUUGUAUCGGGAGGUCCAGGGUAUCGGAUCUUCAAUCCAACAUCAAACACUUCCCAGUGUGGUAAAGACACGGACAGUACCUUAUUAAUGUGGCAGCUGCCCCUUAUCCUAUAGCAUUGGCUGUUUAUAUUAAGCAAUCUGGGACCUUGGGUCUGAGAACUCUAUAUGCUGUUACAAUGACUCAAUGUUACAAGCUCAGGAAUGUUUACAUAUAGAGUCAGUAAGGCUUUCUGAGAUGUACCUAUCUCACAUUGGACAUUAACCUGGAAAGGUGAGGCCAGUAUAUGACUGAACAUAUUAUUUAAAUAAAAACACGUCAGUUAGUAUUCAUGGCCGAUGCUGUGAAGUGAUUAGCCCUUUUCCAUGCUCUAUUAAAAUCAUCUAGACUGUAUUUACCUACUGCGUAUGGAACAACUGAUUUACAAAGGCUUUGCCUUUAACCCCCCUCAUCCACAUAGCCCCCCUGAGGGCUUUACCUGUUAAAUGAUUUCUAAGGAUUUUUGGCCAGAGAGUAGCAAUGGGGGCACGAUGUACUUCUGGGGAGUGCAGCUUUAUAUUGUGGAACACUUGACUCAUGUUUUGAAGAAUGCCGCUCACGUUGCAUAACGCUUGGAUUGCUUUAAAUCCUUGAUCCCCUCAGCACAAGUUAUUACAGUACGACCCUAGAACAUGAAAACACAUGGAUUUACAUAAUAUUUAUUGAGGAUGUGGUAUGGAUAUUUCGCUAAUGUUUGUGAAUAUGUGAUCCAUAUAAAUACAAUCGUAUCUAAAUAUAUGGUUACAGCCAUAAGACUACAAGCUGACCAAAUUAUGGCUAAUAUCUGCCUUACCACUUGAAAAGAUAUAUUCCCUUUUUUGAAGCCAGAUGCUAUCCUGAGUGGAAUAGUGUGUAUUUUAUAAUGACAUUUAAAUAUAUAGGUUUAAACAGAGCUAUAGGUGCCUGGGACUAUUCCAUAUACAGUUUUCAACUAACUUGUGGGGACGUUAUCUCCUUUAAUUGAAUAACUUGAUGAAAACCCUGGCUACCAUAUUAACGUUUGGGCCUGCUGAUAGAUUACUGACUAUAUUCUUUUAGAAUAAUUUGGCGGCUUCUCGAAAGAUGCUUAAAUACGUUUUCUGCAGGUCCAUUAGGUCUUUGAAAAGUCUUGAUUAUAUUUGUUGUUUUUAGGAGAAUCCCGGCCCUCCUGAAUUUAGAAUGUAAAGCAACAUAGGACACCGCUUGGUUUCUCCAAAGGCAUGUUAGUGUUUUAUAUUAUUUUUUAUAUUAACAUAAAGCUACAGACAUGAGAUAUACAUGUUUCCCUGUAAUAUGUUUUUAUAAUUUAAUAUGUUGAGCUACAUAUUCUGGGGAUAGAUUUACUAAGCUGCUGAUAUGUGAUAUAGAAGUAGGGGCUUAUUCACCUUACCGAUACGUUUUGACACUUGUUUACAGAAGUGAGAGAGACGUUUUCACUCCGUGUGCCUUUAGCUGUUUCCAUUAGGUGGUUUACAGAUAAUAAUGGAGAUAUUGUGGCGUAUUGAUGGUAGACUACAUUGGGCAGCAGCAGUUAUGUCGGUCUCUGCUGUCAGCGCACAGCUCACAUCUUCUGGUUAAUGCCGCACAUACCGUGAUGUUUAAUUGUUAUUUUAACAACACAUGAAUCACCCGUAUGCUAUGAAAUGAAACCAUUUUAUCUGUAACCAAUCAUGUCCGCUGUAAACUGCAGGGAAUUACUCUCGUUAUUAAAGAAAGAAAAAGACGAUGUGCCAAAUGUACCUUUCUGUUAAAGAGGCCUGUCUUGGUAUUUUUUGUUUCUUUCCUCAUGCUCCUUGUCUUUUAAAGGACCACUGUCAUUAAAAAUAUAUACAGCCAUCUUUAUGCACCUUGCGUCAGACAGUCCCUGAUCCCAGCCAGUUCUCACUAUUUUGCAACCUAUACGUCACUUUUGAAAAAUGCCUGAUAGAAAAUGCUGCAAGCAGAAAUAGCACACGCCGGUUACACAUUGGGUUUGC